AGUUGCUUCGCCAGCCACAAAAAUUCACCAGCAUUAUGAACGAAACAACUUGCCCUCCUACGAUUUCUGCAGGAUCUUCGGAAUUCAUUUUUCUCGCGGUGUUAAGCUGCAUUUCUGGUGUUUUAUCCAUUGCUGGAAACACAGUGGUCCUGAUCGCCAUAUUUCGCACCAAAUCUCUCCAUACCAUCUCAAAUUACUUUAUUGCAUCAUUGGCCGCCGCUGAUCUUAUGGUGGGAAUUCUGCUUAACCCCAUCUUGGCUACGAAAGCUGUCAUUUUCAGCUAUCUGGAUCCCGAACGUCCUCUAAAAGGGUCUGCAUUCGACAAAGUGGAAGACUUUGUAUGGAUCCAAGCUGUUGUUGCAACGACUUUCGGCCUCACAGCCAUCAGCGUCGAUCGCUACAUCGCUGUGAAAUUUGGGUUCAGAUACGAAUCACUCAUAACUCCCAAAUUCUGUCUCAUGGCAACAGCUUCUGUGUGGCUUGGCUCGUUCGUCUUCGCCAGCGUUCGGUUAUUUCUUGAUAAACCCCAGGAAUUAUCAACGCUUUGGCUCGUUAUGGGAGUCAUAACAUGUAUUUUUCCGUCCCUUAUCAUAACAUUUUGUUAUAUGAGCAUUUUCAGGGAAGCUAAACAGCAAAUUCAGAAAAUCAAACAAGAAACCUCACUAGCAGCAGAACGACAACAAACUCGUCGUAAUAACCCGGCUCGUGUAAGCCACACGAAAACCGCUUUCACAGUUGCCAUUGUGAUUGUACUUUUUAUAAUUCUGUGGGUGCCUAGUUUGGCUACCGCAGCGAUACAGUUUAGACUAUCGGGAUCAGACAAACCUAAAGAUCGGGCAGCUUUGAAGAGACUAGAGCGUGAAGUUUGGAUGUGGGUGUCUUUGGUGGCCUAUCUUAGCUCGGCUAGCAAUCCCUGGGUCUAUUCUAUACGUUCUAAAGAAUUCAGAACCGCUUGUAAGAAAAUUUUCAAUUGCUUUGGGAGCCAUUCCAGAGUGGAACAUCUCUCUGUAACUGCAAGCGUGUUAAGUGUUGGUUUAUGAAAAUAAACCAUAUCGUAGUCGCCUCACCUCCGGUGGAAACUAUUUGCAUGCAGUAAUGGAGAUGAGCUCUAAAUUAAAAAAAAAAAAAUUAAGAAAUCCCUUUUAAUGCCAUUCAUUUCCCUCAGUUCAGUAGGAUAAAUAUAAAUCACGGGGUGAUAACGAGAAAACUGACAUCCCGCGUCGGGAAAACGAAUUUUCUGUCCUUUUCUCCAUUUUUCAAUGAGCGAAGUCAGGAUGUAUCUACAAUACGUCUUAAUUAUCUUAAUCCUUCUUAACCUUGGCCGCUUCUUUGAUGGUUUAACUCUCGGCCUAACAAACCACUAUUUCAAACCUUUUUUUUUGUAUUACAAAGAAAAGUAUUCCUCGAAGAAUUGAUUCAAAAUUUCGCCACGAAUGGUUCCAUUUCCUUUAACGCGGGGGUCAUUAUUGAUUACAUAAUUACUGCCGGUUAGAAUGCUAUUUAAGGAGAAAAUUUUGAAAUUAUAAUUUGUUGAAAUUAUAAGGCAAAGUCAGCAACUUUAAUAUUUCCAAAUGGUAACAGUACAAAUCACCUUGUAAAUGUAGUUAACAGAUAUCAAAGAUGCUAUGUUUGGGAAGAGUACUUAGCCAAUGCAUUCUCCUAGAUUCGUUAGAUACGAGCACAGUCAUUUAGCUAGUUGAUUUUCGACGUUUUUCUCUUUUUCUCCACCACAAAAGCUCUUUAUUGUGAAAGCGCAUCGCGUAGCUGUUCUAUAGUCCAAUCGCGAUCGCUGGUGGUCAGUUCUUAAUAAUGGUGUAAUUAAUGUUAAAUUUCAAUGUUUUAAGGAUGGUCCCCUUAAAAUAAGAAAUUCGUCUCGGCAACUUAGCUAUAGAUGUUACUGGAGUCGCAAUAUAUUGUUCGUUUGAUAGUUAUAGUGUAUUUCUUCUCUCAGCUAUCGCUUGAAAUCGUUUGUUACGACUCAUAAUUUAGCCGAAAACAGAAGUUUCACGCCUAUGACACCUGUCAACUGAAGCUGCAAACAUGUUGACUAAUGGGAUGCCCUUAUAACGGACCCAGAUUCCAUAGACAUGCUAAUUAUCAACCCGUUUUGUUAUUGUCAGUCACCUUUUUUAUCAGUUUCUAUUUAUUCAUAAUUAGCCCCAGAAUCACCAGCAAACCUGACGUGUUAUGAAAUACGCCAAGGUUCUUGGCUACUUUCAACAGCUUACAGAAAUGUUCUAUUAAACAUGUUAAAUGUCUAAAGUCGUCGAGGAUCGCCCUGGAGUUGCUUCACAACGCCCUGUGAUUGGUUUAGAAAUCU